AUGAGGGACCUUUUACACAAUGCCAUCUCCGCCGUACCGAAGCGUGCGUUCAAAGGAGCACCGGCCCUUCGCAGCCUACAGCUGGACAACAAUCAAAUCACCUGCCUGGACGAAGGUGCCGUGAAAGGGCUGACCGAGCUGGAAAUUCUGACACUGAACAACAACAACAUUACCACGCUUCCGCGCGACAUGUUCGCCGGAAUGCCGCGCCUUCGAGCGUUGCGCCUUUCGGAGAACCCAUUUGCGUGCGAUUGUCAUCUUUCCUGGCUGGCCCGCUACCUGAAGAAUGCAUCCCGCCUGGCCCCGUACACCCGGUGCCACUCGCCCAGCCAGCUCAAGGGCCAGAACGUGGCGGACCUGCACGAGCAGGAGUUCAAAUGUUCCGGUAAGUUGGAUGCACCCUCCCGGUAG